CUCUAGAGGUCAGAUCAGAUAAUGGCCGAUAGAAGGCGCAGUUCGUGAAAUCCACUCAUUGUUUAUUUCAACAUGACGGAAAACAGCGCGUCACCGGAGGAUCCCUGGCUCAAACAGACGGACGGUGCCUUCAGCGACAACGGCUUCGAUCACAGUUUCUUUGCCGAGAGUGCUCGCAAAGGAAGUUUGGUGUCAAGAGCCAACAGCAUCGGAUCCACGAGUGCCUCUUCUGUACCAAACACAGAUGAUGAAGACAGUGAUAACAGACAUGAGACGCCCUAUAAGGAGUCGUAUAAAGACCGGAGGAGACAGGCACACACACAGGCAGAGCAGAAACGCAGAGAUGCCAUCAAGAAAGGCUAUGAUGACCUGCAGUCUAUAGUGCCUACAUGCCAGCAGCAGUCUGACUUUGCCAUGGCCACUCAGAAGAUGAGUAAAGCUACAGUCCUGCAGAAGACAAUCGACUACAUUCAGUUUCUCCACAAAGAAAAGAAGAAGCAGGAAGAGGAUGUUUCCACACUUAGGAAGGAGGUGAUGGCGCUGAAAAUUAUGAAAACGAACUAUGAGCACAUUGUGAAGGCCCAUCAGAAUAACCCUCAGCAGGGCAGCGAGCAGGUUUCAGACCAGGUGAAGUUCAGUGUGUUUCAGAGCAUCAUGGACUCUCUGUUCCAGUCCUUCAGUGCCUCAGUGUCGGUCAACAGCUUUCAGGAGCUCUCUGCCUGCGUCUUCAGCUGGAUCGAGGAACACUGCAAGCCCCAGACGCUGAGAGAAUUUGUGGUGACUGUGCUGCAGCAAGUGAAUGGUCAGCUGUACUGAAGCUGUCUAUCUGUAUGUUUGUCCGUCUCUCAGGCUGAUAUCUCAUUCAAGAACAGUCUCUCUUUCUCUCUCUCUCACACACACACACACUAUGCAGCAGGGUAUCAGCACACUAAUGGACUGGGGUGGAUCACAAGAACUCUAAAGAGAUGAAGUAUUGACUGACAGUGUUUAUGGCAGUGAUUCAAAUCAACAAAUGUGGAAAUGCAUUAAUUUAUUCUGAUCAGUCAUUUUAUUACUAAUAAUUUGGAAGGUAAUAAUCUGAUCUAAGAUGUUUGCCAUUGCAUAUCGUUUCCUCACACACUUUCAGCUGGUUUAGAAAUUAAAGAAGGUGUUGGUUCUAGGGGUGCGCCGAUCACAAUCGGCCGAUAAUCACUUUGGGAUGAUUGAUCGGCGAUCUCUAAAAAGGCCGAUCUCAUAAAACUGAUCUCAAGCUUUAAUCCAUUAACAUGAGCCUGCCGUGAGAGGUUUGGCAUGACAUGCAGCGGCAGUCUCUGUCCAGCGUGGGUUAAAUAAUUAUAGUACUUUAGCUGAGGUACAAUUCAUAUUUCUUCAUUAAAUAACUGAUAAAGUAAUUUGUAAAAGUCUCUGUGAGAGAUAAUUUCACAAACAGCGUUGAGUGAAUCACUGCGUGUGCUCUCUCUUUCUCAAAAUGCAAAUGCCUUAAUCACAUCAGGUCUGCUCUAUAAGUGAGCUGCACAGCUGACACAGGAAUUGCAUCACUAAAUAGCAUUUUUUCUUUUUAACUCUAGUCAGUGUUCAAGCCAUUCAACGCUCGCGUGCUUUCCUGAAGACAGUGCGCUCAUGCACACUUACAGUGCACACACAUAAUAAUGCCAGGUUCACAUUAGUACAUUUGCAGUGUCUAUGUGGUGUGUAUUUUUACCGCGCUCAUGUUAAUGGAUUAAAGCGUUCACACUGCAGACACGGUUGCGGUCUGGCAGAGCGUUUGCAGCAGUACAGAGAUAGUUUCCGCACCGAGUCUAUUUUUUGCUGCGCUGAAUUAAAGUAACAGUGCAUUGUUUGCAAAAAUGUGAAUACGCACUAACACAAAAUUGUAGUAAUUACACCUUAAAUGCAUAUGAUUAAAGUCUGCUGUGCUUCACAGUCAACACAUAGGCUAUGGUUUUUUGGCUAGGUUUAAAGAAAAAAAGCACUUUUAGAUAAACAAGGCAAUCAUUGCUUAAAGUUCUUUGUGAACUGCAGGAUUGCUUGUAAUAAAGAUUUAAAUGCAAAAGAAAGGCAGUAGAGCUGAUUGUUUCUGUCAAUGGUUUUAAUUUAGAAUGUUUGUGAUAACGUGAGAAAAGUAGUUUAAAUGUUAUGUUUUAGCGACAUAAUAUAUAAAUCUAGAAGUAAAUGCAAAAGUAAAAAGCAUUGAAUAAUUGAUGAAAGAUUGUAUUAUUGUACUGUGUAAAAAAAAAAAAAAAAAA